AUGCAUACAACAGAGGAUGGAUCGAUCCUAAAAAUCCACGCCGAGAAAACCGGUACACAUCAUGAGUACAUUCUAGAGCCACUAUUAGAACAAAAUCAACGACUAGCGGCAAAACGUUCCAACAAUGUUUUAUCAACAGAUAAAUUAGAACAAUGGCUUAAAAUUAUAUCUUUUGAAACACGAAAAAUGUAUAACGUGCCACCUGAAUUGCCAGAGUUGUCUACAAGUGUCGAAAAAAUAUGCACUCAGAGAGCGUUAAAACAUGUUACUUGCGAGCCAUCCGAUGCGAGAAAUCUAUUAGUAACCGGAGGUUGUAGUUUUAUCGGCAGUAAUUUUAUUAAUUAUUGGCUGAAAAAUCGUCCAGCCGAUAAUAUAAUUAAUGUUGAUCGUUUAGACGCCUGUGCAAAUCGCUAA